AGUGAGUCCUCACGCGCCGUUGUGUGUUUGCGUGCGGCCAGCCAAAAACCGUCACCAUCCGGGUCGUCAUGCGGCUUUAUCGGUAACAUUCCAUUCCUACGCGCCUCAGUGCCGAAUCCCGCUUGCGCCGUUCUGGAUGCGUGUCGUUCUUUCCGCUUAGUGUCGUGCGCAUCGGAAAACGAGAGAAAAAACGAAAACAAACAAACGUGCAACUUGGUGAAGGUGUAAGCCCCGUAAUCGUGCGUCAGCUGAUCCGGUGCAGUAUGUGUGCGGUCGUCUGCGCCCAUUGAAUUCCAAUGACAUGCGUUAUCAGCGCAGCACCUCCGGAGAGCACCGGAACAGUGGAAGAAGAAUGUGUUAAUGUGCGCUCGGUGCGAGUCAAUGUGGUCGUGCUUCCGUAAAUUCAUGAGGGCGGCAGGUGUGCAGAAACGGUAUCAAACAGAAAAUGGUUUAAUGUAAAAUUUUUUUGUUAAUCAAAGAAAAGGUGCAAUUACAAGUGCUUUAAACCGGUCCUUCCAAUCCGGACGAUUAUUGCCGUAAAGUGGUAAAACGUCUGUGGGUUGUGUUGUUUAUUUUGAAUUGCUGAAAAAUCAGUCCACAAAAUCGUUGGGAAUAUUUUUCCAUCUGUUGAAAUUAAAGUUCAUCCGACCAUUACAUUUUGUUGAUCAGUUCUACUGAGUUCGAAUGCACUACGCCACAACAAGUCCGCAGCGUUCCACUAUCAGCGCUGGGACUGGUCACAGCACGCAAACCGCCCUGCUAUCGGAUCUAGAGAAGCACAGACCACAAAAAAGGAACCACGACGAAGAACUCAUGGCGACGAUAACGUGCACCCCCGAAGAAACUCGCUAGUAGUAAUCAAACGUACAAGCGUGCCUCAGUCUUGCAUCGGCCCUGGACCGGAACAGGGCAACAGGGUGCGAUUGUGAUCCCGAUCGGUCGUCUUCUUCGCUGUCAAUGUGCUCGCGGAGAAUCGCACACACGAUCGCCGUUACUUCUAAACAGACCACAGUGAUAGUAUGACGCUUAGCAAGAAUCCCUGGUGGACUGUGGUCCAAUUAGCGACAGUGGUGCUCGCUGUGUCCCAGCUGUGCAGAGCCAAUGCGUCAGAUGACUAUGAUGACUUCAGCCAGGAGGGAACAAUCGAGGAGAUCGUGCACUUUGUACGAUCCACGCCGGAAAGCGACAGCUACGUAGUGUCCGUAGUAGAGUUUCAUCCCGAACCGAUGACGAUGCCCAUCGCAGAACGGACCGAGCUGCAUCUUAGGGAGUACAGCAAGCUAAUCCGAUCUCCGGAAGCGAAGCCUGCCGACAUCAUUGUGUUCCCGGAGCUAACGCUCAACUCCCUCUCAGACACAGUAUUCGUGCCCGAUCCGGCUCAACGCGUGGCGCCCUGUGACGAUCACGGAACCAUCCUAGUCACCCUGUCCUGUCUCGCACGGGAAGUGCGUAAAUAUCUGGUGAUCAAUCUGUCGGAACAGUUUUAUGUGCAGAGUCAGGGAAAAACCUUGUUCUACAACACGGAUGUCGUGUUCGACCGAGACGGAACCGUCAUUGCGCGAUACCGGAAGUACAAUCUGUUCAAGGAGCCGGGAACGAGUGUAACAUCGCUACCGGAGUUGGUCAGUUUUGAGACUGACUUUGGGGUACAUUUUGGAGUGUUCACGUGUUUUGACAUCCUGUUUGCAUUGCCCACACUGGAGCUAAUCAAGCACGGCUUGCGGGACUUUGUGUUUCCCGCCUUCUGGACGUCGGAGCCGCCGUUUCUCACCUCGACGCAGAUCUUCGAAAGUUGGGCAUACGCUAACGAUGCCAACCUGAUCGUUGCUGGGACGAACUACGGCCCGUCUGGUGCAACUGGCACCGGUGUGUUCAACGGGCGCAACGGAGCACUGUUGACGCACUACACCGGAGUGCCUACGCGUGCACUGUACACCGUGACCGUGCCAAAGUCAGGGCCAGGCAAUAUCACUCGAUAUCACUCACUAACGAGCGAUGUGCUUGAGGUACCGAAAGCAGAACCUAGCGAUCAUCGACUGCCAGGCGAUAAUUUUGAAAAUGUCCGCAUCGGUCGGGACUUUCUGGAGCAGUUUACCACCAUCCAGCUGAAUCCAAUCUGGCAACAGGAAUCCAUCGGUCAGAUCGUUUGCAACGGAAUGUUCUGUUGCGACUUUUCGCUUAGCUUAACGGUGGACGACGAGCUCGAAAAAACACACUACUAUCGGUUGGCCGUAUUCGAUGGCGUUCGUACCUUCCAGGGAUUCGCUGACGCACACGUAUCCAUUUGUGGUGUGAUUGCGUGCAGAAACCAAAGCAUAGCAAGCUGUGGUCUGAUGUUGCAAAGUAAUUCGGAAUACCUGCAGUUUAAUUCCAUCUCAAUAACGGGACGGUUCAUCGCCAACGGAACGCUUGCGAUGCCCAGUACACUGGACAUGCGCAUGUACUCCUACGACGCUAGUCACUACCGCUUUACGGCCGAUGUCAACUAUUCCAGCAACAGCCAAAUCGUAUCGAUGAACCUGACAACCCCAAUUAGCAACAUGCAAACGUUCGGGAUCUAUGCGUUCAACCACAAGGAAUUUGAAUUCUACAACCCGAUCGAACUGCCCGGCGCAAACACCCCACAGCCGGACGAAGACGAUGAUGGAGGCGCCGCAAUCGGUACGACACCUUCUGCUGCUGCACUCCUACUCGGAGCAGCUGUAAUCAUAUCCUGGCAGAUGAUGGUAUCGAAGCACAUCGCAUUUCUAUAGCAUCAAUGUUGUGUGACACAUACAACAAUCAUCAAUCAGUUCCUGCGCAGUAUUUCCGGCCAAGCUUUCGACUUUAGUAUAAUAUGCCGUGCCAUCGUAUUCGCCAGUAGUUAGUUUAGUUACAAUUACAACUGUUCCCCAAGCAAGCAGGAAACGACUUGAAAUGUAAAACAAAUACCAAAAAUCGAGUACUAACCUUGUUCGAUGUCCGUGGCGUAUGAGGUGAAUGUGAAAGGUGUCCUCUUUCUGUGUGAGGAAGAAAUUAUUGUGAUAACUAACUUCGUUAAACAUGUAUAUGCAAAUGUAGGAUAAGUGUAUCGAUUCACUGAAUCUACUGAAUGUUUCUUUGUUUUUCCAUAUAAAAUCGCUACUGGCUGGAUCUAAAUAUUUUCGCGACUCGUACAUUUUAGGACAUAUCAGUAAUACAUGUAUGUACCAAGAAUA